AUGUCGGGUAUUCUUUCCAAUCUUAUUUUGAUCUUCGUGGUCCUGAAAUGUGUUAUAAUUAUCUACCAAUGGAAGUGCAAAAAGCUGCUGUUGUUGGCCGACACACUUCCUGUUGUUCAUCCGAAGAAAUGGAUUAUAGGAAAUAUCGACUUGUUUUUACCCAAGAACAAAAUAUUGUUCAAUGUUGAAAGUUUUACAAAAUGUCUGUGUGACUUUUUGAAGCAGGCUGCAGAAAAACGGUUUCCAGUAUUUUGUCUCUGGAUCGGACCAAAGCCUCUGGUUUUUAUUCAAGACCCUUCUGAUAUUCAGGCCAUAUUGAAUAACUCCAAAUCCAUCAAUAAGGGAUAUGAAGCCACGAAGAUUAUAUUUGGAGAAGGGUUAAUCAUGGCACCAGGACCUAAAUGGAAGAAAUCUCGCAAGCUCAUAAACCCGAUUUUUCACCCUUCAAGUCUCAAAAAGAUGGUGCCUGUAUGGAACGAUAGUAGCUCUAGGCUGGUGGAGCAACUUGACUCACAAGUGAAUGGUGGACCAAUUGACCUAUUUCCACAAGUAGUGGCAGCAUCUAUUAGGUCAAUAUGUGGAGAUGCUUUACCAUCGUACCUUUUGCAGGCUUUGCGUGACGUAAUGACUGAAGAUGAAUUGCAAGACGAAAUGAAAACAUUAUUUGGAACGGAAGAUUUAUACAAUGAAAUAAUAACAUAUACGGGUGACCAGUCACAAGAGGUCCAGUUAGAAGAUCUCGACAACUUACAUUUACUUCACAGAGUCAUCAAGGAGACCCUUCGUAUGUUCUUGGUGGUUCCUCUGGUGCCUAGGAAACUCGACGAGGACUUUACACUGAGAGGAUGUACAUUCCCGAAGGGUGAAACUGUAAUACUAAGCAUCGCCGGUCUACAUUAUGAUCCAGAGGUGUAUCCAAACCCUGGACAGUUUGAUCCAGACAGACAUUGCAUAGAGGAAGUACAGAAAAGACAUCCAUACUCAUUUCUUCCCUUUGGAGGAGGUCCAAGAAACUGCAUUGGCAAAAACUUUGCUUUUCUGUCUCUGAAAAUAAGUCUGAUACACAUUCUAAAAGCUUUCAAGAUCACAAGCAAAGUAAACAUUGAAGAGUUGACCUAUGUUUAUAGAACCACAUUGGCAUCUGUGGAUGGAUAUUUUGUGGAGCUCCAAAGAAGAGGAGCGUAGUUUAGGGUUAACUUUGUUUUAAUAGAAACGAAUUAUUUAGUCAAACAUAAUUUGUAUAUUGUUUUGAAUUCAAAAUGUUUGUGUACAUUUCAUUUUUAAGAAAAAACACAGUGCUUCCCCCACAACGAAAAUUUACAUUUGAAAACCAUCCUGAAAGAUAUAUCAAAAAUACAAACUGUUUGCAGGUCUUUUACUAUUUUUA